AUGAUUUAUUCUGUUUACAUAUUUCAUCGAAACCGCUGCAUCUUUGUCGCACAAUACCCGCAAAGAGGCACAAACCCUGCAUUAGCAGGCUCUGACUCUGCUGCUGCGACAGCAGCAGCAGCAGCAGCACAGCAGCAACAGCAGAGGAGCAGCAGCAGCGGGGGAGGUUCUUCUCGUCAGGGCUCUGCCUUCCCCCACGACGUCUCUUUGCAGCGAACUACGGCGGGUUCAGCGCUUGUAGCUGCCCCUGUACCUGCAGGAGGAGCAGCAGCAGCAGCAGGAAGCCUCCAACAGCGCGCGAGCAACGGACAAGGGGGUAGCUGCCUAGACACUCUAGCAGCAGGGGGCCCCGGGGCCCCCCUAACGAAGCGGCAGCAGCAGACGGGUCGUUUGCUUUCAGGUUUGCUGUACUCUAUGCGGCGUUUCUGUGAGCAGCUGCCCGAGGGGCACCCAGCUGCAGUAGCUGCUGCUGCUGCUGCUGCUGCAGCUGCUGCUGCUGCUACGCGGCAGGCCCACCAGCCUGCUGCUGCCGCUGCUGCAGCAGGGGGAACCGGGAUCGAUCUGCUGCUGCGGCAGCAGCAAAUGCUGCAGCGAGCAGCGCAGCUGCAGCAAGGAUCUUUCUUUGAGUUGCUGGCGCAGCAAAAGCUGCUAGAGGGUCUUUAUGCUGCUCUUCGGCACUGCGUCGUUACCCUCCAGAGUCUCUAUGCAGACAACACUCCUCCUGCUGCUGCAGCAGCAGCAUCAACAGCAACAGCAGCAGCAGCGCAGCAACGGGGGGCUGCUGCGGCAGAAACUGAACCGACCUCCGCAGAUGACGGCGCGCCACAGCAGCAGCAGCAGCAGCAGCAGCAGCAGCAAGGGCGGCAGCGACAGCGCCCUCAGUUUCGCUCGUUGAAGGGCUCCUUCUUAUCUGCGUGGCUGUGGGGCCGUUUGCUUCGCGCUGCAGCAGCAGCAAGAGCUGCAAUAUCGUCAGCAGCAGCAGCAGACCGGGGUUCUAUUCGUUUGCUGCUGCGUGCAGAUGCUGCUGCUGUAUUGCGGUGGGUUGAGCAGCACUUUGAUUUACUUUAUUUGCUGCUGCUUGCUGCUGUAGAGACGCAUAGCUUUGCUUCUACUGGGGCUUCCUUCGCUGAGGGCUUCUAUUGCAUGAGUAGGGCGGAUAGAAGGCUGUUUAUGCUUCAUACUCGCCUCAACUACCCCCAUAUAUACAGCAGCAGCAGCAGCAGCAGCAGCAGCAGUGGUAAUGGUGAGGCAGCAAGGCAGCCCCACUCACUGCAGACGAAGGGGGGGGUGCCGCUACCCCUUCCGACGGCGCUGCUGCAGCAGCAGCAGCAAAUAAGCAGGGAUGCUGCAGCAGUUGCUGCUGCUCUCCCACGCUCUAUGACUCCCCUAAAAAUCGCUUGCUGCGUUGCUGUGGAGGUGCUGCUGCCGCAUCUGCGGCGGCAGCUGCAGCAGGCUCACCGGCUGCAGCAGGAGGCCCCAGAAGCAGCAGCAAGCGCAAGAGCAGCAGCAGCAAGACGUAUUGCAGCGGCAAAAGAAGCAGUUGCUGCAGCAGCAGCAGAAUUAAAAAGACAGCAAGAGGCCCCACUUCCUUCUUCCUCUCUCCCAGCCGAUAUUCUUUUGCUUCUAAGCAGCAGCAGCGACGUCAGCGACAGCAGCAGCAGCGACGGCAGCGGCAACAACAGCAGCAACAGCAGCAGCAGCAGCAGCAGUAUCAGCCCACCAGAUACAACAACACUGCGUCUGACAGCAGCAGCUGCUGCUUGGGGGGAUCGUUUGUGGUUGCUGCUGCGUCGUUUCCGUUUGCGGUUGUUGCUGCAGUGGCUUCGUUUGCGUUUGCUGCUGCUGCAGUUUCUGCGGU